AUGGCUGUAGUGGUAAUCUUCGUUGCUGUGAUAACUUUGGUGGAUGCACGAGGCGGUCGACGAGCCGGUAAAGGAAAAGGCAAGAGCAAUCUGCAAUUUGCACAAGUUGCUGAAUUUUCAUUGGUACAUACACAACUUGCCGAUAAUAACGUAAGUUUCGCGCUUUUCAUACAUUUUUCAAUUAAAUAA